CCGGAUUGUCAAUCCUCGCACUCUCCGCUAGUAAUCAUGAACUAUACAACAAUUGGCGACGAGGAUAUGCUCGAAGAGUGGCGAAGAGUACGUAGCCUCAAGAAGAUCGGUACGACACUGAGGAGCACCGAUACAGUUGCGACAAGAGAUUGUCAUUGAACGAUAGGAGUUCGAAUUAUCAGAGUAAACACACGACCGUAUGGCUGCUGCAAGUUAUCAUGGACGUUUGGCGGAGUUCAGCCCAGGAAUUGACACCGUAGAGGACUAUAAAGAGAGGUUAAUUCUUCUUGUAUUGUACGGCUAACUCGAUCGAAGAUGGAGACAAGCAGAAGGCCGUGUUCUUGACGAGCAUCGGAGGGACAACCUACACUCUAUUGAAGAACCUAGUAAGACCGCGACUGCCGCAAGAUCUCGAGUUGGAGGCGCUGAUUGACGUGCUAAAGAGGCACUACCAGCCCAAAGUAGUCGUCAUAGCGGAGCGAUUCAAGUUCUUCAAAAGACAACAGCGAGAAGGACAAGGGACAUAUGCCGUCACUUUCCAGACUAUCUGGACGUCCGCUAGUCAUCCUAAAGAUUAUCCGUCUAGUGCACAUUGGUCUGGUCUGGUUGGAGGGAGUCACAACAGCAAAUAUCAAAUGUGGGUUGCUGGAGGUAAAUCUACACUUGGAAUGAAGAAUAUGGCGGAAUUUGGAGGACAAUCAACUUUGCUUAGUGAAAUGAGAGCUCAAGGAAGUAAUGUUCUGGACACUGAAGCUUUGUCUAGUAUAUAUCCUGGUACUGGCACUCGUAAAGGGAGUCUAGAUGUUGAUGGCAGCCAUUCACUUGUUUCUCUUGUCAGUAUGGUCGCUCCCAGUCCUGACUGGUUUGUAGGCGUUCAUGAUCUUGAUCUGUGUAAUGGAACGACGUGGACACAGUUGAUGACUGUUGACUUGUUUCCUUAUGAUGCAGGAACUGACAGUGGACUGAAAUUCGCAUCAGCCAACUCUGCAACGAGCCCCCAGGAGCCGAUCUAUCGUCUGACAGGAACGAAUCCAAACAAUGCACAAAGCUCAUUCUAUGGAUAUAAUCCAGUACCAAGAAUGGCGACUCUAGGAUUUGUUCGUACUUCGCUGACAACACCAACACGACAGCCAACAACACAACAACAGACAACACAACAAACAACAACACGACAGUCAACAACAGAACAGCCAACAACACAACAACAGACAACACAACAGUCAUCUUCUGUUAACGUUUCUGCUGCAUGUCUAGGACAAGCGACAUAUGCUGUCACUUUCCAGACUAUCUGGACGUCGGCUAGUCAUCCUAAAGAUUAUCCGUCUAGUGCACAUUGGUCUGGUCUGGUAGGAGGGAGUCACAACAGCAAAUAUCAAAUGUGGGUUGCUGGAGGUAAAUCUACACUUGGAAUGAAGAAUAUGGCGGAAUUUGGAAUACAAUCAACUUUGCUUAGUGAAAUGAGAGCUCAAGGAAGUAAUGUUCUAGGCACUCUGGCUUUGUCUGUUAUAUUUCCUGGUACUGGCACUCGUAAAGGGAGUCUAGAUGUUGAUGGCAGCCAUUCACUUGUUUCUCUUGUCAGUAUGGUCGCUCCCAGUCCUGACUGGUUUGUAGGCGUUCAUGAUCUUGAUCUGUGUAAUGGAACGACGUGGACACAGUCGAUGACUGUUGACUUGUUUCCUUAUGAUGCAGGAACUGACAGUGGACUGAAAUUCGCAUCAGCCAACUCUGCAACAAGCCCCCAGGAGCCAAUCUAUCGUCUGACAGGAACGAAUCCAAACAAUGCACAAAGCUCAUUCUAUGGAUAUAAUCCAGUACCGAGAAUGGCGACUCUAGGAUUUGUUCGUACUUCACUGACAACACCAACACGACAGCCAACGAUACAACAAACGAAAACACAACAACAGACAACACAACAAACAACAACACAACAGUCAACAACAGAACUACCGACAACACAACAGUCAACAACACAACAGCUGACAACACAACAAACAACACAACAGCCGACAAGACAACAGCCGACAACACAACAAACAACAACACAAACAACAACACUACAAACAACAACACAACAGUUAACAACACAGCAACCAACAACACAACAGUCAACAAUAAAGCAGUCAACAACACAACAGCCGACAUCACAACAAACAACAACACAACAGCCAACAACACAACAGCCGACAACACAACAACAAACAACAAAACAACAAACAGCAACACAACAGCUAACAACACAACAGCUAACAGCACAACAGCAGACAACACAACAACAAAAAACACAGCAACCAAUACAACAGACAACACAACAGACAACACAACAGACAACAGUACAACAAACAAUAUCAACGACACUGUCACAACAAACAACAACACAGCAAACACCACAAGCAACUACUUCUAUACCAACACAAACACCUAACACAACAGACACACCUACCGCAUCUCAACCAACAGAAACUACGUCUGCAUCAAAUACAAACACGCCAAGAACAACCACACAACACCAAACAACAUCAACACCAAGACAAGGACAAUCAGCAGCUCCGUCUCGCGGCUGUACCGGCCAAGCAACAUAUCAAGUCACGUUCAAAACACUGUGGACAAGAGACCGUUUUCCAAAAGAUUUCCCUUCCAGUGCCCAUUUUUCAGGUCUAGUCGGUGCUAGUCACAACAGCGAGUACACCAUGUGGAGACAAGGACAAACAGCCACCAGAGGAAUAGAAACAAUGGCUGAACUCGGCAAGCAAGUUGUGCUGCUACUAGAAUUCGAACAACACGGCAAUAACAUGCUGGAGUAUCUAGCAUUUAAAGGGAUAGGACAAGGUGAGGGACAACGGAGUGGCACAAUCGAUGUGGACAAUGCACACCGUCUUGUCUCUCUAGUCAGUAUGAUUGCUCCGAGUCCGGACUGGUUUGUGGGAAUCCACGACGAAAACAUGUGUGACAAUUCAGGCUGGGUAACGUUCCGUACGUAUGAGCUAUUUCCAUACGAUGCGGGCACUGAUAGUGGACUCAAGUUUCUGUCACCAGAUGUUGACACACAACCAAAGGAAGGUGUUCACCGUCUAACCAACUCGGUACCAAACAUCACUGAUAGUUCGUUCUAUGGUACCAAUCAAGUGCCACACAUUGCAACUCUCACCUUCAAUCUGAUGAGCGUGAAGACAUCUGGAGCGGCUCACGAAACGUCGAGAGUAGCACACGUUGUUGCUGUCCUGUUAGCAGUGGCAGUUUUCGGGCAAAUGUGGACAUACUGAGAUAUCAAUAUACACAACAUACACAGACGUAUACAUCUAGUGCGAUAAUUAGUUUACAAUUUGGUAUGCUGUUUGUGUUUACUAGAUAAUUGAUAUCAAUGUAAACCAUUGUCAUAUGUUUGGCAUUUAGUACGUUAUAAUCUCGUUUCUGUCACGUACGAUUUUUAUAUACAAAGGACUAGAUAUUGAUGCAUGACAUGUAUACCUAAAGUUUGAUUAGUCUGUCACCUGUCAAUUCAUUUCUCAGUUGUAUAUGCAUCAAUCUGUCUACGACACUUAGAAAAUCUAUGGUUAGGUUGUCAGUUUGAUAUUGAUAUACAUUCAUGCAUUCAUGUGUCUAAUUGCUCAUGCAGUUGCA